GUCCGACUGCAGGUCAUGCCCACGCUGGUCGCCAUGGCGCCGACGCCCUGGGCGACGGAGGCGCCGCAUGCGGGGAACGAUGCCCGCGAGCUGCCCCACGAGCGAGUGCACGUCAGGGCGCCAGCAAGGCCGAGGCGAAGCACGGCAGCUCCGAGAAGUCCCACGAGAGGCUCAAGCUGGAGCACAAGAAGGGCAUGGUGGAACUGGACGGCAUGUAG